CAUUUACCAGAUGACGGUGCUAGCUUCUUCGCGCAGCGCGUUGCGCCAUGCGUUCGCGCGCGCCGGAGCCCCCGUCGCCCGGGGCUCCGGGGCCCUGUCGACAUCGAGUCACGAAAUCUUCCGCGGCGACGACGACCACGACAACCUUCCCAAGGUCAAGCGACGCGACGGCAGCGUCGACGUGAUCGACAACAAGCGCGCGUUCGUCGACUACGAGCGGAACCCGGAGCCCUACCGCGAGCCCCUGGAGCGCGUGCUGGACUGGGGCGAGAUCAACGCGCAGGACGGCCACGACGAGGUCGAGCGGACCGUGCAGGCCGCGCGGUGCAUGGACUGCGGCACGCCCUUCUGCCAGACGCACACGGGCUGCCCCGUGAACAACCUGAUCCCUGAGUUCAACUCCCUCGUCUACCAGGACCAGUGGCGCCAGGCGCUCGACCGGCUGCACCAGACGAACAACUUUCCGGAAUUCACGGGCCGCGUGUGCCCCGCGCCCUGCGAGGGCGCCUGCGUCGCGGGGCUCGUGGACUCGCCCGUGACCAUCAAGAACAUGGAGUACUCCAUCGUCGAGCGGGGCUUCGCGGAGGGCUGGAUCGUGCCGCGCGUGCCCGAGGUGAGGACGGGCUUCUCCGUCGCCGUCGUCGGCAGCGGGCCCGCGGGGCUCGCGGCGGCGGACGUGCUCAACCAGGCGGGCCACAAGGUCACGGUCUACGAGCGCGAGGACCGGCCGGGCGGGCUGCUCAUGUACGGCAUCCCGAACAUGAAGCUCGACAAGGACUCGGUCGCGCGGCGGAUAGAUCUCCUCUCCGAGGAGGGCAUCGAGUUCGUCUGCAACGCGGAGAUUGGGGUGAACGUGGACGUGGACGUGCUCCGCGCGAACAACGACGCCGUCGUGCUCGCGACGGGCGCGACGGUGCCGCGCGACCUGCCCGUGCCGGGCCGCGAGGGCAAGGGCAUCCACUUCGCGAUGGAGUUCCUCACGGCGAACCAGAAGCGGCUGCUCAUGACCAAGGAGGGCACGCUCGAGUCGACCUGGGACCGGGACACCUUCGUCACGGCCGAGGGCCUCGACGUCGUCGUCAUCGGCGGCGGCGACACGGGCACGGACUGCAUCGGCACGUCGAUGCGCCACCGCUGCAAGUCCGUGCUCAACUUCGAGCUCAUGGCCAUGCCGCCGGACGCGCGGAGCCCGGACAACCCCUGGCCCGAGUGGCCCAAGGUCUUCGGCGUCGACUACGGCCACGCGGAGGUCGCCGCCGUCUUCGGGAAGGAUCCCCGCGAGUACGGCGUCAUCACGACGGAGUUCGUGCUGGACGACGACGAGCGCGUCAAGGCCGUGCGCACGUCGGACGCGAAGCUCGGGCCCGGCGGCGUGGAGCUGAUCCCCGGGUCCGAGCGCGAGUGGCCCGCGGACCUCGUCAUCCUGGCGAUGGGUUUCGUGUCGCCCGAGCUCACGGUGCCCCGGCAGCUGGGCCUGGACACGGACCAGCGCGACAACAUCCGCGCCGAGUACGGCGACUACCGGUCGUCGCUGGAGGGCGUCUUCGCCGCCGGCGACUGCCGCCGGGGCCAGUCGCUCGUCGUCUGGGCGAUCAACGAGGGCCGCGGCGCGGCGCUCAAGUGCGACGAGUACCUCAUGACGCGCUCCAACGCCCAGGUGCUGUCGUCCAUGUGAGCGGGGGGUUCACAAGCACGACCCCCGCUCCCAAAAGUCCCCUGUAUAAUCAUCUACUCCGGCGCGUG